ACCUUCUCACUCCUCCAUUCUUCCCCAAGGAUUCAUCCAAGACAGUGCAAAACUCAACAAUGGCUACAAAUCCACUUCCACCAAACUUCGGUGCCAGCAUUGGACAAUUAGUCCGGGACUCGCUCCAGGCCGCAGGCAUCGGUGGAGGAGGGCAACCAUCUCAAGGUCAACCUCAACCUCAAUCUGGCGCGGCCCCACCCCCAAAUCCUUCCCCCAGAGGGGCAACAACUACCCGUAAUGGUACUGAUGGAAGAGGAGGUCAUCGUUUCGAACAAUGCACUGGCGACAUCACGGUCACCACCGAGGUCAUUGGUACGAAACCGUUAACACCGGCAGAAGAGGCGCGCGCACGUCGCGGCGCAGAGCAUCUUUUGCGCCACGAAUCGGCGGAAACUAUAGAUAUGACGGAUGAACAGUUACAACGACUCGUAUUGUUGAAGAAGUUGAGGAGUUUGAGGGAAAAGAGGCGCCGGAUGGAGGAAGCCCGACAGGGGGAAGGGGUUGAUGACAUGGUUAUCAUCUGAUUGACGACUAUACAUACAUAAUUUGAAGGGGGAUGACGAUAAACAAUUAAUAUUUUGUUAUGUCGUUAGAUAAAUUUUUUUCACAAUUUUCAUUACAAAUUAUAAGUACAUUUUCAAAAAAUUAUGUAUUCAA